AUGCAGCUAUUUUCCCUCGCCAUCCUCACGGCCGCUGGCCUCACCCUCGCCAACCCCAACGGUGUUCCCGACACCUCAAAGCGCUUCACCACCAGCGUUGUUACCUCCUCUGGCCCAGACCUGGCCAAACGAUUCCCCGGAUGCAUCGACCAGAACGGCAACGACGCUUCUUGCACCUGCUCUUGCGCCGGCGGCUACCAUGGCAUCUUCACGGACCCAAUCGAGCAGGGGGCGUAUGCCGAUUGCCAGCAGAAUGGAGGUUCAUACCAGUACGGUCCGGUGGGUUGCGCGGCCGCGCCGACGAAUGAUGGCGAGGUGAUUUGUUCAGCCAAGGGAUGUUACUGGAAGCAGGCUGCGGGUGGAGGCCCGGCUGGGUGUUUCUGUUGUACUACGAACUGCUAG